UCGGAGCCGGCGUCCCGGUGCCGCAGCACUUUAGCAGCAGAAGCCGCUGCUGUUGAGUACGUGACGGCUGGGGUCUGGCACGGGCGUGCUGGGACUCCGAGAUAGGCUCAGUGAGGCUGGCGGCGGUCCACGGGCGCGGGCGCAGGCGGCUCUGAGACCCCAGGACAAGAUGCGAGCCACAUCUCUGGCUGCUUCUGCCGAUGUUCCCUGCAGGAAGAAACCGUUGGAGUUUGAUGACAACAUUGAUGUCGAGUGUCCAGUCUUAAAACGAGUGAGAGAUGAGCCUGAGCCUGGACCAACCCCCAGCCUACCUCCGGCCUCAGACUUGUCACCUGCUGUGGCCCCUGCAACCCGGCUGGGGCCCUAUAUCCUUUUGGAACGAGAGCAAGGCAACUGCACCUAUCGGGCCCUGCACUGCCCUACAGGCACAGAGUACACCUGCAAGGUGUAUCCCGCCAGCGAGGCCCAGGCGGUGCUGGCACCCUAUGCACGACUGCCUACCCACCAGCACGUGGCCCGUCCCACAGAGGUCCUGCUGGGCUCUCAGCUCCUAUACACCUUUUUCACGAAGACCCAUGGGGACUUGCACAGUCUGGUGCGCAGCCGCCGCGGUAUCCCCGAGCCCGAGGCUGCCGCGCUUUUCCGACAGAUGGCUGGUGCGGUGGCACACUGCCACAAGCACGGGCUCGUCUUGCGCGACCUCAAGUUGCGUCGAUUUGUCUUCAGCAACUGUGAGAGGACGAAGCUGGUGCUGGAGAACCUGGAGGAUGCCUGUGUGAUGACUGGACCAGACGACUCUCUGUGGGACAAGCACGCGUGCCCUGCCUAUGUGGGACCAGAGAUACUCAGCUCCCGGCCAUCCUACUCCGGCAGAGCGGCUGAUGUCUGGAGCCUGGGCGUGGCGCUCUUCACCAUGCUGGCUGGCCGAUACCCGUUCCAGGACUCUGAACCAGCCCUGCUCUUUGGCAAGAUCCGUAGAGGGACCUUUGCCCUGCCCGAGGGCCUAUCAGCCUCUGCUCGAUGCCUCAUCCGCUGUCUCCUCCGCAGGGAGCCUUCAGAGCGACUUGUGGCCCUGGGAAUCCUGCUGCAUCCCUGGUUGAGGGAGGAUCGCAGCCAAGUCUCUCCUCCACGGUCUGACCGAAGGGAGGUGGACCAGGUUGUCCCAGAUGGGCCACAGCUGGAGGAGGCAGAGGAAGGGGAGGUGGGGCUGUAUGGCUAGAGCCACCUUAACUGGCCCUUCAGCUCCAAGGUGUGAGUUGAGUACCGGUGUCUCAGCUUUCGCCUGCCUUUUUGGGCCAAGCUAAACUGUAAGUGCCUUUCUGGAGGAAGAAACAGCCAUUGUGCUUCAUGCAUUCCUGUGCACAGUGGGGUGAUGCUGUCUGGAUGACAAGCCCUGUUCUAGGUGCUGUGAACAGCAAAGAAAAAAAAAAGAGGGAGAAGCAUACCUUGCUGGCCGAGUUGCCACAGUGCCACAUGCUCCCAGGCCAGCAUCUACCCUCUGCCCGGGGCAUAUUUCAUACCAGGGCUGGCCUUCUCUGGUCUGGUGCUAGGCUUCUAUUCAUGGGACAGUCCCUUUCAUCAGUGCCCCAGCUGCCUUCUGUCUUGUGCCUUUAAACAAAGGGAACAUCUCUGUGCCAAAGACCAAAGUCCCCAUUCACCCUGUGCCUUGGGGCCACAAGUGAGGCCAGGCUGGGAUUGUGGCCUCCGGGCAGGAGAACCUGCUUAAAGACCUGGCUCUGGACUCAAGCCAAAAGGAUGAGACUCCAAUAAAGAGGCAUCUGACUCAAGGAAUGGUCUGGAAUGAGGAUCCAGGUCUGUCUACCCUGGUAGCCUCCAGCUGGAGCAUCAAAGUUGGAGGGGGAAGGACCAGGCAGAGACUGUCCUAUUGCCAUAUAGAGUCUCAGGCCCUGCUCUUGGGAUUCUUAGUACCCAGGACUGCUGUCAGUUUGAUGACUUUGGUUUGGUUGAGUAUGUAUUUUCACCAUGUGCCCAAUAAAAGAGAGCUGUGUGGUUUUA